UUUGUUUAAGCUACCUGCAUAGAGUGCUAAAGGCUGAAAAAGACAACCAAUGUGCCUUUUUAAACGUGAACACAAUCAGUGGUCAAAUGUGUAGAGAAAUGAGAGCAGAAGUUGAAGAACACAUUAGGACUAUGGUGCGUUAUCAUGACGAUAAAGAAUUCAUCCUUGCACCUUAUUUGGCCGAUGGACAUUGGACUUUGUUCAUUAUUGUCGUAAAAGUACGACAGGUAUAUAUUUUAGAUUCACUAUUCAAAAAGGGCAACAAGAAUCCUAGCCGCUAUCUUCUUACAAGUGUGAUUGAAAGCGCCUUGCUGCCAAUAAAGCCCACAUUUGAUAUGGUUAAUUGCAAUCAACAAGCUGAGACAUGGGAAUGCGGCUAUAUACUUCUUCAAUCUAUGUUCGACUUUGUCAAUGUGUAUCAAAAGCAAUUUCCCAGAAUGUGGAACGACACUAAAGUGGCUACAGAUGAAGAUAUAGAAAAGACGUUGAAGGAAUUGAUGCCAAUUUUAUUUGACGGGUUGAGCAUUCCUUAGUUUAAAUAUAGUUUGUUCGGGUUGAAUGUGUAUUGGGUCACUUUUUACUUGUCCAGAUUUGACUACGUUGAAUAUAUAAAAGGAUUGAUUGGAUUUGACGUC